CGUGGCUGCGGAUCAUUGAAUGCCACGGGCGUCRCACUACAUGAGGUAUUGAAUCGAAAGGAGAUGGCGUUUCGAAUUCUGCAUCUGAUUGCUGUGGUCGCUGCAUCUCAAUUGCUCGGCGGCACGAGCCUUGGAUUCUGUUUCUCCACUCCUUCGGUGUCGUCUCGACUUCAUCAUGCCGACAGUUCRCAGAGGUGUUCCGUGUCCUCGGAAAAAUAUUGCGAGCCUGAAAUACCGGAGACACCACAACGCUUUUGCUCCGAACAGAGAUUGUUGGAAAGAAAGCUGCAAUCGCUGCAACGACGUCGGUUUGUGUCGUCGUUAGCAUUUUCAACGAUUGGUAUUAACGUUCUUUGUGSACCGGAAUCUUCGUGUGCUUCGGAGCAGACAGCAGCUGCAGCAACAACGCCACAGAAGCAAGAGGAAUCAUCGCGGAGAAGAAUCAUUCGCUUGUCGWCGGGCCUGCAGUUUAGCGAUGCACGGRUUGGCUCCGGGCCCCAGGUGACMCUGGCGAAASAGACUCCGGCAUCGARACCAUCGUCCCCGGAGGCCACCGAUUCCGGCCUAAAUAACGAUGGCGUUGCCGGAAACGAAAACGACCCGGGCGUUGUUCUGAUGCACAUCAGGGCACUCAAGAGGGACGGAUCGACCCUGCUGGACACCCGCGAGGACGGCCGGCCCCUGCUCUUCCGGCUGGGGUCGAUCCGGGCCGAAGAACUCUACUACAUCAACGAAGGGAGCGCCCUGUCCAAGGGARUGAUACCGCUUGGCGUCCAGGACGCRAUCCUGGCCCAGGGUUCUGCCUCCUGGGAGGGGGGCUACGGAAAGGCCGACCCGAUGCGGCUCGGUGGACUGCGGAUGGUGGUCGUUCCCCCCGAACURGCCUAUGGAUCGAAGGGUGUCUCGCGAUACGAAGCCUACAAGCUGGGGCUCAGAGCCCCCGUGGCCCGGAACGAGCUGCUUCGCUACGAGAUCGAAUUGUUUCGCUGCAACGACAACGAAUUAGAGUUGGGAAGCGGGAAGGCAGACACAGCGAACGAAUCUACUCAGAUUGCAGCCGCCGCUGCGCCGAGAGCUAGGGUCUGCUGCCUCGAUGAAUUUUACCCUUGCCAAACACCGAAGAGUUGAGUCCUUUCGUGAGAUCCGCACCAUCGUCAAACGUUGUUUUUCAUGGCUYUUCAAGCAUCUUCAUCACAAAAUACUGUAACAAAAAAUAAAUAAUAACGGUAUCGCGAAGUGCGCGAACCAACCAGACUCGCGAGGAACAAAAAUAAAUGCGUCAGAAAUUCAAAAUCCGAACCUUUUCGCACAUUAUUUCGUUGAGCAAUCGCGCGAACAGAACCAUUCUGCGUGAAUGCCGGCGAUCUCAUACGCCAGAAUAGAAACGAAAGAACCGUAGAAUUGAUUUUGGAACAAAAGCUCAAUCAUCAGCUGACAUGUUGUGUUUCUUAAUGUUCAUAGAAUAGCCCUUUACGAAGAAGAAUAUGGACCAGAUUGAUGUUCUUCGUCACGUAUUUUCUUUGAUGUUCUUCGUCACUUCGUCAGAUGRUAUCAGAAAUUGUGGAAGCAGACGGUAUGUUCGUCUGAUGGAUGGGGAUAGCAAGAAUACUACUCGUUAAUUAGUUCUGUCACAAGAGUGUGCAGAGCGAUGUUUUUGUAUUCCUGCCCAUCAGAAAUUUGACGCCCUGAAAUACCAUUCGAUAUCUAUUUUCUUUCGUGUGACACCAGUAAAAAAACAACUAAAAGCCGGCACAAUACAUCCUUUCCAUAUCUAUUGGAACUGCAAGUAAAUCUACGACGUAAGCAUAAUCAAAUGGAUGAAAUCGAUCGUUCCUAUUCGAAAGCACCGUCUUUUUCGGAUGGACCAAGUACGAUAACGGAUCAAAUCGGUUUGGUSUUUUUCUUUGGCGCGACGCUUCUGUCUGUAGUGGUUGUCCUGGUGUGUAGCUUCCGGCAAUACGUCGCCAGUCUUAGCGACGCAGGAGAUGAAACUUGCGCAACUACCUUCUUCGCCAAGAUCUGCUGUCACUGUAGGGAAAGGACCGCCAGCGUCAGGGAGGAUGAGACUGAGCAGUACGACUUGGAUCGAUUGCUGGCGCUGGCUCUCCACCGCCAACUAAACGAAGAAGGACGCGAAAAAGAACGCGAAAAGGAACGCGAGCUAAAGCGCAAGGAACGCCGUAUGUGGUACGAAUACUACAUGAAGCCGUACUCGGUGGUAAGUAGGACCUGAAAGGAUGCAUGGAUGCAUGGAUGCAUGGAUGCAUGGAUGACACCCUAAAUGAAGAAGAGGGCCAAACCAGUUCCGUGGAAAAGCCGAUGCUUUAGACCAUUAAGCUAAUCUUCAAAUCGUCUCUGAUGUUUUCGACGCCAAUGUAUAUUGAAAUUGAAUCAGGUUAUUUCCGAAUCCAAUCUCUUCCGCGCAUCAGGCAACAGCUCGCCUUCUGAUGAUCUACCUGUGAACCACACUGAAACCGAGGCGCAAGCCCCGAAAAGCGAAGGCAAAUCCAUCGAUUCGGACGAAGACGAGGCUGGASAAAACGCCGACAAGAGGAGGGAUUUCGCUUGUACAACCGCUUGCGAGGAAGCAACUCUCGGUGGUACAACCGCUUUCGACGAAGAAAAUCUCGGUUGCACAAUCGCUUGCGACCAAGCCGACGAACAKCCCACCCUUUGUCUCGAGCUGUGCGACGUCKCCGAGGGCCGUCGGUGCUUCGACGGGACCUGCGCGCUGUGCAUCGAAGAGUAUUGCGCGGGCGACACGGUCGUCUGGAGCGACCUGCASUGCUCCCACGCCUUUCACAAGGAGUGCCUGAUGCAGUGGCUCACCAAGGGCAAGAAACGCUGCCCGGUCUGCCGGCACUGGUUCGUUCCCGGAACCAAGAUCGACGACCAGAAAAYCGCGCACGGAGGGGCCUGGCAGUGUGCGCUGUCCGAGAUGCAGAAACGCGAGGAACAGGCAGAGCAAGAAGCGGGGGAAAGCGAGCCCGGGAACGGAGAAAGCACCGAGACGGUCGCCACCGAAACCUCCGACUCCGAUGCUGCGAGUCGCUCCGAGUCUUCGGGACUGGAAAUUCUCCACGCGGAUUCCAGYGAUUCGGAGCAGCACGACACGGGCUACACCAUUGGAUUUGAUGCGUCACAAAUGGUAGACAUCGAGAGUCUGACGGUGAUACCAACCAAUACGCAGAACGAGACCGACAAAUUCUGUGCGAAUGAUUCGCAAGACGGUGAUCUGAAACAUUCCGGUGAACCAYAGAGGCAAURCAACGAGGAUACGGUGUAAUCGGAAUUACGAUGUUCUAAAAUAUACCAUAUAUGGGAAGAGUGAACAUUAGGGUAACUCAUCAAUUUUUGCAAAAGUUCUAGUUUUAAACAUUCAUAAAAAUUCAUAAAACCAGUUCAAGACA